AUGGACAAACAAAAUGUGGUAUAUUCAUACAAUGGAGUAUGCCUGGGCUUCAUCUCCAACACGGCGUCCUACCUGCGCCUCUGGGCCCUGAGUCUGGCCCAUGCCCAGCUGUCGGAGGUCCUGUGGGCCAUGGUGAUGCUUGUGGGCCUGCGCAUGGGCCGGGAGUUGGGCGUGGCGGCUGUGGUGCUGGUCCCCGUCUUCGCUGCCUUCGCCGUGUUGACUGUGGCCAUCCUGCUGGUGAUGGAAGGGCUCUCGGCCUUCCUGCGCGCAUUGCGGCUGCACUGCGUGGAAUUCCAGAACAAGUUCUACUUGGGCAGUGGCUACAAGUUCUUACCAUUUUCUUUCUUUUUUCUUUGA